UAAUACAAACGAAAAUGGAACCAGUUCCGGUUCGGUUCGGGUUGAUUCAUCUCCUCGAAACCCCGAUGCUGCGGAGACCGCUGGCGCUUACCAAAACCCGGAGUUGAAACCCCGGCACCGCCGCAGCCGUCGUCGCCGCAGCCGUCGUCUUUCCUUCGAUUUUAACCUUCUCUCGGUAGAAUCUUGGCAGCGGCCGCACCGGAAGAUCUAAAACAAUGGCCAGCCUCUUUCCUUUCUCCGUCGUUGGCCUCGGAUUCCUCUUCCUCGCCGCCCUCGAGUGCCUAUCCGCUGCCUCCGCCCCCUCGUUCCUCCACCCUAGCCUCACCCGACUCCGAUUCCUGGCCUCCCUCACCCUCUCUUCUCUUUCCAUCCUCUCCUGCCUCAUUUCCUCCUUCCUCUCCUCCACCACCGCCUCCGAUCCCCUUGGCGCCGCCCUCCCCCUCUCCUCCCUCGGCGCCGUCACCCCUUUCCUUUUGUACUCUUUCGCUGGCCUCCUCUCCCUUUCCUCAUCCUUCGCCCGCUUCGCUCUCUUUCCCCCUUCCCUGCUCGACCUUCUCCUCCUCUUCUCCUUCGGCCAGGAGUUCCUUCUCUUUUACCUUCGCCGCAAGGACAUCGACGGCGUCGAGAACCGCUACUUCGACCUUCUCCUCGCCCCCAUCCUCGUCUGCGCCGUGUCGACUCUCCUUGCUCUAACUCGUCCCCGCUCCCCGGCGCCCCGCGUCGGUCGUGCUGCUGGUCUCGCCCUUCAAGGAACCUGGUUCAUCCAGAUGGGAUUUUCCUUCUUCACCAACGUCAUCGCCGACGGCUGUUUCCUCCACGAGCGGGGCGGUGUUAACUAUACCAUAAAGUGCAAGACUCAUCAGGAUUACCACCGGGGAAGGGCGAUCGCCACUCUCCAGUUCAAUUGCCACCUCGCGCUCCUCGUCUUGGUCGGCUAUGCGGUCUACGGGGUCAUGGCCGGGAGGACGGACAACGCACAGGGUUACAGGCCCUUGAGUAAGGAGAUGCAAAUGACGGAUGUUUCGCCUUCCAAUUUUACCUUGGAUUCAGAUGAAGAGGAGGAGAUUGUCACAGCAGGCACAAAUUCUGCCAAACACCAGAACGAUGUUGUCUCCCCUCCGUUGGCGGACGCCGAGAGUUCUAAUGGACCUAAUUGACAAGGCAAACAAGGUCGGGUCUUCUAAUUUACCUCUUGAUUCUGCCAUUGCCAAAGAUUGAACCUUUUUGAAUUAAAAUGACAUGUAUAUGAACGCUUCUUCUGUUGUGUGAUUUACUGUAUUUUUGUUACGUGAUUACACAUGUUUUUUUUGCUUGUCGUUGUGAGUUGUAUUAGUAUGAAAUUGAGAAACGAUCAUCAAUAUUAGUCAUUUUAGUUCCUUCCA